AUGAACCAACGAACAAUACAACAACAACAACAACAACAACUGCUACUACUGCUGACUGCUAUCAUCAUCCUAUUAUCCACUACUACUGCCGCUAACCCUUCAAUCGACUGGUCUGCACUCGGACCAGUCUCACUACUCGGCUCAUUCUCAACACUCUCAUUCUACAACCCAAGCAAACCAAACCAAACCAACUCACUCAACCCCCAACAGGCCAUCCUACUCUCUCAUCCAAUCCAACAACAACAACAACAGCAACAGCAACAGCAACAGUCUUCUGAACCUACCAUCAUCGCAACCACCAAUCUCGGUGGAUCGAUUCAUGCGAUCUGUCUAACGAGAUCAAACCAACUCAUCAUCGGCGGCCGAUUCGACGCACUCAACUCAACCAGCUCAACCUCAAACAUCGCCAUCUACGACCCACUGACCCAUGCCAUCUCCCCACUCUCAAACUCAUCCUCAAUCCAAGGAACAGUUCAUGCCAUCGAAUGUCUCAACGACGACCAGAUCUGGAUAGCAGGCCAAUUCCAAAACCCAAUCUCAAACGAUCAAAUACCAAACCUGAUCAGCUACUCUACCAAGUCUCACUCCUUCCAAUCACCCAACUCACUCAACCUGCCCAACUUCAACGGCCCAAUCUACUCUCUCGAUCAUCUCAUCAGCCCCUCAGGCGAGAGUCUCAUCAUCGGCGGUCAAUUCUCAAUCUCAAUCAAUACCAACAACCCACAACAACAACAACAACAAACUCCCAACUUCUUCGACCCCUCCACCCACAAUAAUAAUAAUAAUAAUAACACUCUCCCCCUACCAACACUCGGCUCAUCACUCGCACCCGUCCCACUCUCAAACCAAGCCACCUGGUCUGCUGCUCCACAGAGCUCAAAUCAAGCCUACCAAGCCCCUCAGAAUAUCUUCUGUCCUCAAGGCCCAGAUGGUCCUGGUAACAGUUGGGAACUAGAUCAAAACUUCGAUAACGGUGCAGUCACCCUCAACCUCGGCACUUCAGUACCAGUAGGCGGAAUCAGACUAGGCAACUCCUUCGCCAACGGUGGUGGAACUGCUGGCUUCCACGUGGUCUCACUUCCUGAUGAUCAAAUCUUAAACCUAAGCUUCAUCAACCCAAUCACCAACCAACUCGACAGCUGUACAACAAACUGCGCCCUCUCUCGUGAUCUCAAGCUACCCUACCAAGACUACAUCUUCCCUCCGAAUACUGCUGUCAAUGGAGUCCAACUGGUCAUCACCUCAAAGUUCGGUAACGUGGCUGGACUCCACCUACUCCAACUACUCUCACAGGGUAAUACGGCCUAUGCGGUCGACCAACUCAACACCGGUCGGUCCUGUCGAACCGGGCUUGGUGCUGCAGCUCAAAACACCGUCAAGACCACCGGGAACUGGAAUACAGUCAAGGCGAACACUAAUCUACCCGGGACCACUGAACCUGUCCUGACCACUUCCGUCCCUCCAGGAACGACUCCCGACCGAGCACCUAGCCUUACUUGGACCAUGUCGAUCCCUCAGUCUGGUCACUAUGAACUCAUCCUCCAAACUCCUGGCUGUGCGGCUAUGGGUGAUUGUCCCUCACGCACCACCCUAGCCGUCACCACCUCACUCGUCGAUGGUCAACCCCUCAAGACCCUCGUCGAUACCCGAAGCCCUAAUGAUACCUCCACAACGCUCUACAACGGUACGAUGACAGAUCUCCCCUCCGGGGGUGGUGAUCUGACCGUCACCGUUCAACUGGCCAAUACUGUCACAGGCUCCUCCCCAGUCUCGAUGGUCGCCAGUCAACUCGUACUUCGAUCUAACCCACUUCGCUCGUACAUCCCUGGGGUUCGUUCAAAUGGUGUUUACGAACACGUCCUCACUGGGAAAGGUGCCUUUGGAGAUGGCUCAACCCUGGCCUCUCCACCCGGAGGAAGCGACGUCAAAGAAUCCCUGACUGCCGUCGAUCAACUUGGGCUUCGUCUCCGCCCCGGCUCUGCUGUCCGCUCGGUCAUCAGUGAUGAUCACCUACUUUUCAUCGGAGGCAACCGGCUAUCAGUCUUGAAUGGUACCUCUGCCGUUGCAACGACGACCACCCCCGUACCUAACGGUGGCUUGAACGGUGCGGUGAAUGCCUUGUUGGCUGUCAAUGGAGUGCUCUACGCCGGCGGUAACUUCACCGCGACUACCGAUGGCCUCGUCAAAGGAUUGGAUGGGCUCGCGUGCUGGAAGUAUGGUGCAUCAAGCACCAAAUGGGAGCCGUUCUCCGAGCCAGGUUCCACGGUCGGAUUUCCCGUUCAAGCCUUCAAAUUGGCUGGUCAGUUCUUAUAUGUCUUUGGCCGUUCGACUGACAUCGGUGGCCGGGCUCUAGGGAUCUUCAACACACAGAGUUCCACGUGGGUCCCCUCGACCGUAGGUGUUUACUUUGGACAGCUGACCGCAGCAGCGGCUCAAUUUGGAGAUCAUCCAACACUCUAUCUGGCUGGGAACCUCGAUGGGGUUGGCUCGUUUGAGGCCCCCUCUGGCGCACUCCUCUCCACUGGUCCUGGUGGUGCGCCCUCCCUGAGUGGAUUGAAUUUCGGAAUGAAUCAGCUCGCCAGCCAAGCUAUAGGGCUCGCGUUCCGCAACAAGACCCAAAACAACCUUUCCGUCUCGCCCUCCUCACCAACUGUCUCCAACUCUACCGCUCUCUCAACUCGGGCCAUCCGCCAGUCUAUCAUCCAACGUCGACAGGUCGCCGCCACCAAUAGCAAUCUUAACGUCUCACUGCCCUACGCCUUGACAGGGACUACCGGUCCUACAAUCCUCGCUGGGGCGUUCUUCAAAGAUCGGGAACUGAUCAUCGGAGGUAGGUUUGUCAGUGGCAACUCGGUAUCCAACGUGGGGAUCUACGACCUAUCGGCAUCCCAAUUGAAGCCCUUGAAUGGAAACCAGCAGUUAGAUGGCGCAGUAUUGUCAAUCAAGGUCGUGAAUGAUGUGGCAUGGAUCGGUGGGCUGUUUGUGUCGCCGAGCGGCAAGAACGGUUUGGAUACUUACAACCUGACGUCGGGACGAUGGGCUACGGAGAUGAUGGCGGGCGUAGGAGCAUACCCGUCGACGAACGUGUCGGUGCGGACGAUCAAGAGUCGGGCCGGAGGGGAUGUGGUAGUCGGUGGACGGUUCCAACAGGUGGGCAGUCUGUCGUGCCAGUCGAUCUGUCUCUGGUCGGGCCCGAACAACCAGUGGUACAGCCUUGGAAACGGCCUCAAGGGGAUCGUCAAUGCGGUCGAGCUGAUCGGCAAGUUGCAGGACAAAGUGAUUGCGGUCGGGCGCUUCGAGCUCAACCAGACCGUUCAGGAUGUCGCAGUGGCCCGCUGGGUGCUCAACUCGCCUACCCCACUCUGGACCCCGCUGGGCUCGCAGGACCGGAUCCCGGGGACCGUCCGGACGGUCGCGGUUGGCGAACUUUCGCACGAAGACCCUGAUGGGAUGUUCAUUGCCGGUCAACGGGCCGCCGGAGACUCGUUUCUGAUGCGCUGGGAAGACAAGGAUUGGGUGGCUGUCACCGGUCUUGAUCCGGCCUCACAAAUCGAACACAUCGCCUUCGUGCCCGUCCGUAAUCCUAGCACAUCGAUCAACAUCUUCAGUGGGAUCAAGUCUGAUCGGAUGCUCCUCGUCUCCGGUUUGAUCCUCCUCCAGAAUUCGCCUCCCCUCAAAUUUGCUUCCGUCCUUUAUGACGGUCAAUCGUGGAUUCCCUAUCUUUCGGCCGCUGAUUCUAAUAGUCAACCCGGUAUCUUGGGAAGAAUGGUGACUGCUAGUGAAGGCUUUAAGAGUACCCUUAGACGUAUUCAUUCGGUCGUCCAAGUGAUUUUCAUCAGUAUGUCGAUCGCAUUAGGGAUCGUAUUACUAGGGGUAUUGAUAGGCUUCCUGAUUGGAUACAAGAAACGACGGGACUCGAACCGGAAGGCGGGUUACCCGGUGGACCGGGCCAUGGGAGGCGGGGUUGGACUGGAGGAAGAGGAGGAGUCGGAGGGCGACGGGGUAGUUGUCGGUGGCGGGGUUGUGCGACGGAGUGCGGUGGCCGGGGGCCCUGACACGCGGAGCCGAAGCUCGAGCGGCAGCGUGAUUGAGAACCGCCGGGCUCGCAGACCGACCUCCCUGUUGGCAACGAUUGAUGCGGCUACUGCAGCCAUGACCGAGCGGAUGCAGAUGCGCAAGAAGGACGACGAGGAACGAAAGGACCAUGGCGAUGGUUCUUCGGACGAUGAUCAUGAUCGAGAUCUUCAUCAAUCCACCCCCCAUCUCGACCCUAAUCACGAGAAAUUAGAACCUACUCUUUAUCGACAUUCUUCCAAUUCUACAGACCUACAGGACCCACAACAAGAACAACUGGACUCGCCGAUCGAUCAACUCGACGAUAAUCUGGGCUUGUUGGCCGAAUCGGAUGUCCGAAGAGCCCGGUGGUCCUUCGACCCUCAACUGCCCGGUGAAAUUGCUGUCGCGGCCGGCGAAUCGGUCGAGGUUAGAGACCGAAGUAACCAAGAAUGGUGGCUGGUUCGCAGGGCUGAUGGGAUCGAGGGCGUCGUUCCUGCCGAUUGGUUCUUAUGAAAACCUCUCUAAUUGAUCCUUCUUCUUCUUCUUCAACUAUUACUACUACUACUACUUUUUUUCUCUUCUCUUUUCCCUUUACACAUCCUUUAUUUUAUAUAUAUAUGGGUCUGGCUGAUAAUGAUGAUGAUGAUUCAGAUGAUGAUUCAGACGACACGAAACACAAGCACUUCUGCUUUCUUUCUUUUUUUGUCCCAUCACAAUCAUCUUCAUCAUCUUCAUCUUCACUUUGUUUUUUUACACAUCCAGAGCCCGUUUGUUCUCGCUUACUUUAUCGGCCGCUCUUAUCUUACUGGAUAGGACUGUCCAAAUAUUAUAGAUUAACAAAAAAAAAAAUCAUAGUAAACCAAAAAAAAUAUCUUUGGUCCUUGCUGUCAUUCGUUUAUUACUUCAUCGCUUUCGGUUGGCUUUCCUUUGUUUCACUUUUUGGGUCGUCUCUCAUCUUUUUGGCUUUCUCUCCCUCUCUUUCUCUUUCUCGCUUCCUUCUUCUUCUUUGGCUUUUUUUUCUUCAUCUUGCCCCUGCAGGAAACUGUUUUUUGGUUUUUUUGAUUCGGUUAUCCAUUUUGUUUGUUUCAACCAUUUUGUUUUUUUGUUUGUUUGAUAUAGCCCUUCAUUACAAGGGUUUUUUCUUUCUGGUUUUUUUUUUUAGUAUUAGUUUUUUUUUUUUUCUUUAGUAAGCUUUUCUUUUUUCUGGUUUUGGUUUUGUUUGUUUUGGAAUUGGUGAUUAUUAUUAACUGGAUCCUCCAUCACCUUAUAUACCUAUGAAUGUUGCUUUAUUUCAUCUCCCCUUUUUUCUUUAACCAAACCAACCCAAACCAAAAGAAAGGAAAACUAACAACAAUGACAAGAAGAUCUACACAUAUAUCUCCAGACAAUGACCAUCCUCAACAUGCCCGCAAAGAAUGACUCCUUGUUCUC